CUUUCGCCCCCCCCCUGGCUUCGUCUUCUAUUCUCGUCUACUUUGACCCAUCUCAGAUAUCUAUUCUCGUCACUCGAGUCAUAGGAUACUCCGGACGCCUCUUGCUAAUAAGCUUAAAAAAUAUCGAGCAACGAACGGGACCUCGCUUCUCGCUAUGUCUGAUCUGGCAGAGUGUAGUCUUGAUAAUGCCGAUGAUAGGCGAGGUCUUCGCAUAGGAGCAGUGUUCAUCAUCCUGGUCACAUCGCUCGCAGGGACUUUUGCUCCUAUCAUCUUGAGAUCGUCGUCUUUCAUUCCAAAACCGGUGUUCCAAUUCGCCAAAUUCUUCGGAUCCGGGGUCAUCAUCGCCACGGCUUUCAUUCACCUCCUUGCACCAGCCUUUGAAGAGCUAGGAUCCCCAUGUCUAUCAGGGACAUGGACAGAAUAUGACUGGGCCCCAGCUAUUGCCAUGGCUGCAGUGUAUGGUAUCUUCUUUGCAGAGAUUGCCGCGUAUCGAAUCGGGACGGCCAGGCUGUCAAAGCUAGGUAUCACGUACAGCUCUCACAAUGAAGACGCUACGGAUGCUCAUGCCCACGCCCAUUCGCCUAAUCGAGCACCCCUCGAUGUCGAUACUUCCAGCCCGGAGCACCCCCUGCACGGACAUCCGUCUCAUCCUCACAACCAUGCCGAGACAGAGGACAAGAGACGAGAUGUGGAAGAGAGUUCCGUCGACAAGCCAAUCAACGACCUGUCCUCCACUGCUGAAGGAGCGGCGCAAUUGAUAGCCGUCGCAGUACUUGAAUUUGGGGUCGUCUUACACAGUGUCAUCAUUGGACUCACGCUCGGCGUGACGGACGACUUUGUCACCCUCUUCAUUGUCAUCAUUUUCCAUCAAAUGUUUGAAGGACUCGGUCUGGGUUCUCGACUAGCAGGUCUCAAUCUCCCUUCCAACCUCCGCUGGUCACGCUACGCUGCCGGAGCGUUCUAUGCAAUCUGCACACCCGUCGGCAUAGCCAUCGGGAUCGGCGCUCGAAACUCAUACAAUGGGAACGGAGUCGCUGCGAACAUUGUCUCGGGUGUCCUGGAUGCCACGUCAGCAGGGAUCUUGCUUUAUACUGGUCUCGUCGAAUUACUGGCUCAUGAGAUCCUACUAAAUCCUAGGAUGAUGAAGGCCUCUUCGGCACACCUGACAUAUGUCUUUUGUUGUAUCCUCCUGGGCUCCGGGCUCAUGGCCCUUCUAGGGAGAUGGGCAUAGGUCUCCAAUAGAAAUUAGAUGGCCGUCGAUCGGUACCAUGCCCUCCCUAACGUCAUAGAUCCAUACACCAUGUCAUACGUGUUCUUCAUGCGGAUCUGGCCCGCUCUUACGACACCAAGAAAGGUGUCUGGAAUGACUAAUGUCGGGAUGCAUCGAUGACUUGAAAGCAGGCAUCAGCAUCUGGCAUCGACUUGCUGCUGCCACAAUAACUGACGUCAAUGUCCAGCAGCC